ACUCAGUCCGCUUUUGCUAGAAACCAGCAGGGUUCGACAGCUGAAAGCGCGGCCCGUGAGAGAACCAGAGGCCCGAGGCAUCCUAUGCCUCUCGGCCAUGGCCCGGAACCUCGCGGCCGCGCCGUCCCCCGCGGCACUGGCGGCGGACUUGCAGCGUGCGGAACAGGAGCUGGCCGAGGUGAAGGCGGCGCUCCGGGAGAGGCGGCCGUACCUGGGCCUCACAGGGGGCUUGCUGCGGCAGUACGCGGUGGAAGCCGCCAAGAAGGAAAAUUUGCUCCGGCUGGCUCUGUCCCGCCGCACGGAGCCGGACGAAGUGCAGCCCGGGGCGGCCUUCAGGUACGCGAGCCAGCCGCCUCCUGAGCGUCCAGUCCUCCCGGCGUACCCUGCCCGCAAGCGGGCGUCCACCCACGACGUGAUCACGGAGACUCCGGAGCUCUCCAAAGGCCGAGAGUCGCCGGAGAGACUUGCGGACUCUGCGACACAAACGUUGGCUCCGGGCAUCGCACCCGUGAUCCCAGAGACUCCUCAAUCUUUGCGGACAGCCUCCAAAUCAUCCGCCGUGAACGACUUGACUGACCUGGCGUUGGUGCUGGAGCUGAUGCAGUCGAAGACAGAGGACGACCGCUUGCAGCGCGCGUGCCUGAUGGCGGUGGCGCGCCUCGCCAAGGACGCCCACGCCUUGCGGCCCUUGUGCUUGGGUGUGGUUUGCGCAGUGGCACAGUCUGCAGCCCUGAGGCGGCAGAAUCUAACCUUGCAGAGAUUGGCAGUGGCGGCGCUGAGCAGUGUGGCCUACGUCCAAGACGUGGCGAUGCUGGUCCUGCCGUUCGCGCUGCCUGUGGUUGUAGAGGCGGCGCUGGCCUUCCCCGAGGAUUCCAAGCUACAGACCUUGGCUUGCGAGGCGUUUGCCCGCUUGGCACAGGGAGGUAGCGAUCGAGUUGUCGCUGCCAUGGUGAAAUACCUCGAGCAGCCAGAUGUGGAAGUUUCAGUACUCUGCGAUGCCCUCCAGAGGCUUUUCGAGAAUGACAUUUGCCAUCCUCAUCAACUGCUGGACGAGCUAAUCAAGCUCAGCGAUGGUGAACCUACCAACUUGGAGCUGCAAAUGCGGGUCUCGGUGGCGGUGAACAGGCUGCCUGGAGCAAUCUAUGGUCCAGCGGCUCGAGGGCGAGGCUCUGCCUUGAGGAAAGAGUGGACUGACUUGCUGGUGCGGUUCCUGGGAGCAGAAGAAGAGGAGGCCAAGCUAGACGGCAACUUCCACAGCAAGGUCCAGCGGCUCUUCCACAAGGAGGUAGCUUUGCACUUCGAGUACGAGGCUUCGGAGCGCUGUCUCCACUACUUGCAAAAAAGGAGCAGGCAGCCUGCCAUGGUCUUCCAAGAAGUCAUGCGGAGCUUAGCCGAGAACCUGGAGGACUACCGCAGCCGCCUGGAGGUGCGGGAGUUGGCCUGGGACGCGCAGCGGCAAGCGCUCGCACCGCUGGACCCGCUGCUGCGCCUGCGCCUGCAGAACGAGGUCCUCACAGAGAUGGAGCUGCGCUUGCCACAAGCGCUGCGCACUGCAGCGAGCGCUGCUGCCGAUUGGCCUGCCGGUGAGGCGGCCCUGCAUUCGCGCACGGAGAGCCUGCUGCAGGAUUGCCGCAAGCUACUGGAAAGCAAGACGGAGGUGACGCAGGCGCACAACGAGAAGGCCGACGAGCUGCGCCGCGAGAGUAUUGUCUUCGAGGCCGUGCGCUACCUAGAGAUGCAGGGCGCGGUGCCCACACAAGUCCGCACAGCCUUGCACAUGCUCAAGGUAGUGGAGCUCUUUGCACCUGCGCGGGCCUCAGCCGACUUUGGGAACUAGUCGAGGGGUGGACAGCUUGAUUUGUUGUUGCAAGG